AUGUCUCUACUUACAUGUUAUGAGGGGCUUCGGCAUCAGAUAGAGAGGCUGGUGCGGGAAAAUGAGGAACUGAAGAAGCUGGUUCGGCUCAUUAGGGAGAAUCAGGAGCUCAAGUCUGCGAUCAAGACUCAGGCAGGUGGCCUCUGCAUCAGCGGGUUCACCAGCGGGCUUGGUGAGGCAGCAACAGGCCAUUCCCAACACCAGGGAAUACUCCUGCCCCCAUCCCCGGCAGCGGCAAAGGAGCCAGGCAUAGAAGACGUGGGAAUGGUGGCGCUGGCCCCCCUGGCUGACGUGCUGAACGGCCCACAGUUCGGUCCUGCAGCAGGCUCCCUUGCGAACCCUCUGGCUGCCCCUUACAACCCACUGCUGACCGGCCAAAUGCCCAUGUCUCAGAACAAUCCUCUGAACACUCAUUUGACUAGUCCCAUAGCUAUGCCCCCUGGGACCACUCUGGCAAGCUCACUGGGCCUGGCCUCAACCGGCUCCCUGAUGACAAGCAGCAGGCUGGCAGCCCCUAUGGCUGUAUCCCAGGGCAGUCCCCUCAUGGCUCCCAUGGAGGGCGCAGCGGCAGUGUCCCUGAACAGCACCCUGCUCUCCUCCACAGCUGCCCCUCUAGGUGUUUCUCAGAACACAGUGCCCAACCCCAUAAACAAUCUAGGGAUGUCAGGUGCCCAAAGGGUAAGGCUGUCAGAGCCAACCCGAGGAAGCCUCUCUGGAGCCUCAGCCUCUGCAGGGCCAGCAGCCGCCACCAAAGUCACCGGUGAGCACCCUCAGCCGACCCAGGACACAGAUCCCCUCAACAUGUUUAUGGGUGCAUCCCUCCAGACCUCCAACCCCACGAACACUAUGGCCACACCCAAUGCCACAGCAUAUUUUGCCAACUUGGAUACUCGGACUCAGACUAUUUCCCAGGGACAAAUGAUCCUCAAUUCUGUCCCAAGCUCCCCAAUAGGCUCCCCUGCCCCCAACGCUACCCCAAUACCUAUGGCCCAAGCUCCUGGAAACUAUUCCCCUUUAAGAGCCACACGCUCCAACUCCCCCUCCAGGGUCCACCAAUCCCCUACCCGCCCUGUGCCCAAUCCCCAUUCUUCUCCACGUAACCCCCACUCCCCAGCCCGCACCCCAUCUUCUCUGGCUUCAGUCAAUGACAUCCGGGGUUCACGCACCUCGGAACAGUCUCGGAAGAGUAUCCUGGAGAUAGAGCGGAAGAUGGCCCACCGAAAGUCUAGCAAGUUCCCUGACUGCCCCCGAGACUCAAAGCAACUAGCCUGGGAGAGGCUAGUGGGGGAGAUCGCCUUCCAGCUAGACCGAAGAAUCCUGUCCAGCAUCUUCCCAGAGCGUGUGCGUCUCUAUGGCUUCACUGUCUCCAACAUUCCAGAGAAGAUCAUCCAGGCCUCCGUAAACCUCAGUAACCACAAGCUGGAUGAGGACCUGUGCCACACCCUCACGCAGCGCUAUGUGAACAUCAUGAACAGGCUUCAGAGUCUGGGCUACAAUGGAAGGGUGCAUCCUGCACUGACGGAACAGCUGGUGAAUGCGUAUGGCAUUUUGCGGGAGCGGCCUGAGCUGGCAGCAUCCGAAGGUGGCUCCUACACUGUGGACUUCUUGCAGCGUGUGCUGGUGGAGACUGUGCACCCCAGCAUGCUCACUGAUGCCCUCCUGCUGCUCUCCUGCCUCAACCAGCUGUCCCACGAUGAUGGCAAGCCCAUGUUCAUCUGGUAACACCGGUGCCGGCUGGCCCAGGCUCACGUCCCCCUGUAGGCCAUUGUGCAUGGCCAUUAAAGUUUCCCACAGACGCCAGUCAUCGGGCCCAUGCCACACCUUCCUGUUCCCGUGGGGUGCCUCACCAGGUGCCUUCAGUCUUGGCAGCCCUAAAGGGCUGCAUUCACAUCACAGCCCCCUGCAGAGACAGCCCAACUAGAUCAAGGCUCAGACACUGUCUUUCUGAAGGAAUUGAAUGGGAGGCCCCACGUUCCCUCACGUUCUGGGAGGUGGCAUAACUUAAGAGCAAAAAGAGGUGAAGGAAUGGCACAGAAACCCAGAGGAAGGCCCCUGUGCUAAGCAGAGCAAGGGGAUGGAGGUGGGGCUUCUGGGACCUUGGGAACAGCACAGGAGAGGACAGUAAGCCAUGGGACACCUCAUCCAAACCUGGGCAGGGGAGCCAGGGAGCUGGCAGCCCCUUGCAAAGAUGUCUAAAGUCUGGGAGGAUCGUGGGUCUUAUCUAAGCACGGGGGAUUCAGAGCUGGCCAGAGAAUAAAGAACAUUGGUUGGAGUUGGAGAAGCAGGACCGGGUAGAGAGAGGAAGGGACCGGGGCUCACAGGAAGUGCUGGAAUCAUUGUGUAGACUGGAAGAACAUAGACCAAAACGGGGUCGUUUCCUAAGGGCAGUGUGGAAAAGCCCACACUUUUGUACAGCAACUUGGUACAGGUGCCUGGGCAGUGAGAAGAAGGAAAAGAAUAAAAGA